AUGGCAUCAGAAGACGACCAGACACAGACGGGAUACGAGGAUGGUCUGGCGGGCGGUCCAGGAGCACCGACGCCCCUGUCUGGCCUCGAGGGCAUCUCAGGCCUUACAAAGCGAGACAUCCAGCUAUUCGUCGAUGCUGGCUACAACACAGUCGAGAGCGUCGCAUACACACCGAAGAAGGUGCUCGAGACGAUCAAGGGUGUGUCAGAGCAGAAGGCCACCAAAAUUCUCACCGAAGCAUCGAAGCUUGUGCCUAUGGGCUUCACGACCGCCACCGAAAUGCACCAACGACGAUCAGAGCUCAUCUCCAUUACGACCGGCUCGAAGCAGCUCGACACCCUCCUGGCAGGCGGAAUCGAAACCGGCAGCAUAACAGAGCUCUUUGGAGAGUUCAGGACGGGAAAGAGUCAGAUUUGUCAUACCCUCGCCGUGACAUGCCAGCUGCCAUUCGACAUGGGCGGUGGCGAGGGAAAGUGUCUGUACAUCGACACGGAGGGUACCUUUCGGCCUGUGCGAUUGCUGUCUGUGGCUGAUCGCUUUGGCUUGUCUGGCGAGGAGGUACUGGACAAUGUGGCCUACGCACGCGCAUACAACUCGGAUCAUCAGCUGCAGCUGCUGAAUCAAGCCGCGCAGAUGAUGACCGAGACCCGCUUCUCGCUCCUCAUCGUGGACAGUGCCACAUCCCUAUAUCGAACGGACUUCAUGGGUCGUGGUGAGCUAUCGAAUCGCCAGACACAUCUUGCCAAGUUCAUGCGUAUCCUGCAACGACUUGCAGAUGAGUUCGGUAUCGCUGUUGUGAUUACCAACCAGGUAGUGGCACAAGUAGACGGAGGUCCAUCAGCUAUGUUCAAUCCAGAUCCGAAGAAGCCAAUUGGAGGCAACAUCAUCGCCCAUGCUUCAACAACUCGCCUGUCGCUCAAGAAAGGCCGAGGCGAGACGCGUGUCUGCAAGAUCUACGAUUCACCUUGCCUGCCAGAAUCGGACUGCCUGUUCGCAAUCACGGAGGCUGGCAUCAACGAUCCAGCACCAAAGGACCUUGAGAAGGACUGA